UGGGAGAGAGGGUUGGAGCUGUCUCCUCAGGCUUCCCUGGAUUGUAUCCCCUGCUGCCGCUUCCACCGAUUUAAAUGCCCACGCUGGGAUUUAAAGGGUUUGCCUGCUGAGCGUGGAGUAGAGGCUGACUGAGAGGCACCUGGUCUUGCUGGUUGGGGGCGGGAAACAUGACUGUUUGGGGACUUGACAGCAGGGCUGCAGCAGGCAGGAGGACACACACAGUGCUGAUGGUGCUGGGUUUAUGGCUGUUGCUGGCAGAAGACCUCAAGGCACAGAGGGGGGUCCUGGAUGGCUCCUACUUAUCCUACGGGCCCCUGGAAGAUGAGAUCCUGGUGGCCAACCAUGGGAUUAGAGUUCCAUUCGGGAGGUCGGUUUAUCUAGAUCCUGUCCAGGACCUGGUCAUACAAGUGCAGCCGGGAGACAAAUGUCACAUCAGCGUGUUGGACAAUGACCCCCUGUCUCAGGGACCCGGUCAGCUCUCACCCAACAGGUUCCCCUGCGAUUUUGGAGCAAGGGAGGUGAAAUAUUCCCACCUGGGAGCCCGCAGCCCUUCCAAAGACAGAGUUAAACUUCAUCUCCGCUAUGACACCCAGACCAGGACUGUCAUCAUACCAUUCAUGAUCCAGGUGGAGGUACUCUUCACCCAGCUGGAGGUGGUCACCAGGAACAUGCCCCUGACUGUGGAGAAGCUCUUGGGGACCAGCAAUUCGAUUGACAGAAAGGUCCUUGAAUUCACCUUUGACAGCAAAUCUGAGGUGUGCAGGAUCACACCCCUGGUAGGGCUUGGUGGACUCCCCAGGUAUGGGAGGAUAUUGAAUAGUCCUGGCCAAAUGAUGCUUUGUGGUGAGUUUCUGCAGCAAGGGGUACGAUACCUUCACACUGCUUCCACUCAGUCCCCCAAUAAGGACUUUAUCCCCAUGCUGGUGGAGCUACACGAUAAAGGGGGGAAUCUGCUGAAACAGGAACACUUUCAGAUACUGGUAAGGAUUCGAGAAGGUCUGGAGAACACUCACCCCAAGCCUAGCUUCAUAGCUAUGAUGAUGAUGGAGGUGGACCAGUUUGUCAUGACUGCCAUAACCCCUGACAUGCUGGCUGCUGAAGAUGCAGAGUCUGACUCUGGAGACCUCAUCUUUAAUAUCACUUCUUCCUUUGGACCCAAGCAAGGGCAAAUUGUUAGCACCGACGAUCGAAACUUGCCAAUCACCUCAUUCUACCAGCGAGACCUGCAGGAGCUCAGAAUUGCCUACAAGCCCCCACCUGAGGACUCGGACACUGAGAGAGUCUUCGAGGUAGAACUAGAGGUGGUGGACACAGAAGGUGCAGUGUCUGACCCAUUCGCUUUCAUGAUUGUAGUGAAGCCUAUGAAUACCCUGGCUCCGGUCAUCACCAGAAACACUGGACAACUUUUGUAUGAAGGACAGUCCAGACCCCUCUCCAGUGCCCACAACCUUCAGAUCAGCGACGAGGACAACCUGGAUGAGGUUAGAGUAAGUGUGUUGGAUGGACUAAGACAUGGUCAGCUUUCUCUUCUCAACUCCCCACCUGGUGGGUCCAAGUUCUUCACAGCUGCAGACUUGGACCAAGGCAGGGUCAUUUAUCAGCAUGAUGGCAGUGACACAUACAGUGAUAACAUUGUAUUCCGUAUGAGUGAUGGGCAGCACGAAGUGGAGUUUCUCUUUCCAAUCACUGUAGUGCCAACUGAUGAUGAACCACCCAUUGUUAAUGCCAACACAGGACUGAUGAUUUCUGAGAAGGAAGUGGCCCCUCUAACUCCCCUUGUGCUCAGUGCUACUGACAUUGACUCAGAAGACUCUACUAUUCUUUUUACUUUGGAACUCCCUUUUUCAUCCAUGGGGGACAUGGUCCUGCGUCAGUAUGAGAUACCCCUGGAUCUCUCUGAAUGGCAGCUAGACCGUGAAUUAAAUCUAUACGAGAAGGUGGUGACCGAGUGGUCUCAGCAGGAUAUCUUGGAUGGUAAACUUUUUUACAAGCACAAGGGGCCACAUAGUACUGUACCUGUCAUGGACCAAAUUAUCUUCAGAGUCCAAGAUGACAAUGACCCUCCCAACCAGUCUGGAGAACACAUAUUUGUAGUCAAAAUUAACCCUAUAGACGAUUUACCACCAGAACUGUAUUCUGGUACCACCCUAAAGAUGGUAGUCCAGGAAUAUCAUCUCACCCACUUCAAGAAGAAAUGUCUUAGAUAUACUGACCUGGACUCUGAUGACAGAGACCUCAAAUACACAGUUAUUGCCCCACCAUCAGACACAGACCAGAAUAACCCUGUGCUCAUGGGCUUCAUUGUCCUCACUGAAAAUCCAGACCAGAUAGUUACAGAAUUUACGCAAGCCCAAGUGAACCAUCUCAAAAUUUCCUACAAACCCCCUGAUUUAGAAUUGGGAAUUACUCCACGUGUAGUACAGUUUCAUUACACUGUGGAGGACACUUCUGGGAAUGUAGCUGAAGGGGAUUUCAGAAUAUUUCUGCAGCCUGUGAACAACAAGCCCCCCAGCAUUGUCAACUCAGGAUUUACAGUAUUUGAGAGAGGGACCCAUGUUAUCAGUCCAACAGAACUGGAUGCCACAGAUGCAGACACAGACAGGGACAAAAUCACCUUUACACUAACAGAGUCACCAAAGCAUGGCCAGGUCACGUAUUCCAGUUAUGUCAUGGGCGUUGGAGAAGCAUUUACAUUAGAUGACAUCCUUAAAGGAAGGAUAACAUACAGACACAAUGGUGAGGAAUCCAGUAUUGACUCAUUAACUUUAGAUGUCAGUGAUGGUGUGCAUGUGCUCACAAUCAUAGUGAAAAUUACUGUGCGCUUAGUGGAUGAUGAGGUGCCACGGCUGAUGCUACCAGCGGGCACCAUUGGUUCUUAUCUAGAUGUUUUAGAAGGGGGUUCUGCAGAAAUAACAGCAAAUGUCAUCCAAGGAACAGAUGCAGACACAGAUGAUCUCAUGCUCACCUUCAUUGUGGAGGAUCCACCAGUACUUGGGGAAAUCCUUCUUAAUGGAGUUCCUACUGCACGUUUCACCCAAAGAGACAUUAUUGAUGGAGCUGUGGUAUAUAGUCACACCUCAGGGGAGAUUGGUCUGCAGAAGAAAGAAGAUUCUUUUAAUUUAACCCUUUCUGACCUUUCUGAAGAGUGGACUGUAGGAGGCAACACUAUUAAUGGAGUCAGGGUACAGGUAACCAUUCUACCUCUGGAUAAUCAGUCCCCAAUAGUGUCUGUGAACCAGCAGUUUACAGUUAUUGAAGGGGAAAAGAAUUUAAUUAACCCUUCACAUUUAAGUGUACAGGAUUCAGACACUCCCAACGAUGACAUACUUUGCACUAUUGUAGUGCAGCCAACAUCUGGAUACAUUGAGAACAUAUCCCCAGCACCAGGCUCAGAGAAAUCAAGGGCAGGGACUGCUAUAAGUGCUUUUACUUUGAAAGAUUUACGACUGGGGCAUAUUUAUUAUGUGCAAAGCAUCCAUAAAGGUGUGGAGCCAGUUGAGGACAGGUUGACUUUCAGCUGUUCAGAUGGCAUCAACUAUUCCCAAAAACAAUUCUUUCCCAUUGUAAUAAUUCCAGCCAAUGAUGAAAAACCUGAGAUUUAUAUGAGGGAGUUUGUUGUGAUGGAAGGCAUGAGUCUUGUCAUUGAUACCCCAAUACUCAAUGCUGCCGAUGCUGAUAUCCCUGCAGAUGAACUUGUGUUUUCCAUCAUCAAGCCUCCAAAACAUGGCCAGAUAGUCAACCAGAUGACCAAUGGCACGGUCAUUGUCACUGGCUUUAGUCUAGGUGACAUCAAAGAGAGCUCUACCAUCCUCUAUGAACAUGACGAUACAGAGACCAAAGAAGAUACUUUUGAUAUAAAACUAACUGAUGGGAAACAUUCAGUGGUCAAAACAGUACUCAUCAUGAUCAUCCCAGUAGAUGAUGAGACCCCACGGAUGACCAUCAAUGAUGGACUGGAGAUUGAAAUUGGGGAAACAAAGCUGAUUAACAGCAAAAUCCUCAAAGCUACAGAUCUGGAUUCAGAGGACAAGACUUUAACUUACAUAAUACGAUAUGGACCUGGCCAAGGUCUUCUUCAGAGGAGAAGACCUCAUGGUGGGCUGGAGAACAUCACUUUAGGUAUGAAUUUUACCCAGGACGAAGUAGACCGAGACCUCAUACAGUAUUAUCACUUUGGCCAAGAGGGCAUCAGAGAUCUUUUUAAAUUUGAUGUGACUGAUGGAAUUAACCCUCUCAUUGACAGGUAUUUUUAUGUGACCGUAGGCGGCAUUGAUAUGGUCUUCCCAGAUGUGAUAAGCAAAGGGGUCUCCUUGAAAGAAGGAGGAAAGGUCACCUUGACCACUGACUUGCUCAGCACUAGUGAUCUGAACAGUCCAGAUGAACACCUCAUAUUUACCAUUACCAGAGCUCCCAUCAGGGGCCACCUUGAGUGUUCAGAUCGACCAGGGGUCCCCAUCACCUCCUUCACCCAACUUCAGCUGGCAGGUAACAAAAUCUAUUACACCCACACCUCAGACGACGAGGUGAAGAUGGACAGCUUUGAAUUUGAGGUCACUGAUGGCUACAAUCCAGUUUUUCGCACUUUUAGGAUCUCUAUUAGUGAUGUGGACAAUAAGAAGCCAGUUCUGACCAUCCAUGUCCUGGUGGUGAGGGAAGGUGAGAACAAGCUGAUAACCCCCUUUGAACUCACUGUUGAGGACAGGGAUACCCCUGAUACUCGCCUAAAAUUCAUAAUUACUCAGGUACCCAUUCAUGGGAAGAUCAUGUUUAACAGCAGCCGGGCAGUGACCUCCUUCACAAAACAAGACCUCAAUGACAACUUGAUCAGCUACAGGCAUGACGGCACAGAGUCAUCAGAAGACACCUUCUCCUUCACCGUUACUGAUGGCACUCACACAGAUUUCUAUGUAUUUCCAGACACUGUCUAUGAGACCAGACAGCCCCAGAUGAUGAAAAUACAAAUCAUAGCGGUAGAUAAUGGGGUCCCUCAGAUUGUAGUAAAUAAGGGGGCACCAACCCUGCGGAUACUAAGCACUGGGCAUCUAGGGUACAUUAUCACCAAUAAAGCUCUUAAAGUGGAGGACAGGGACAGCCUUCACCUUACACUUCGUAUCAGAAUCACACAAGGACCCAACCAUGGAUUCCUCAUCAACCUGGACAAAGGCAACCACAGCAUCAAUCAGUUUACCCAAGCGGAUAUUGAUGACAUGAAGAUUUGCUACGUGUUACGAGACAAAGAAAAUGCUACUAGUGAUAUUUUCUACUUCACUGUUGAAGAUAGUGGAGGAAAUAAGCUGAAAAAUCAGCAUUUUCGUCUAAAUUGGGCCUGGAUAUCGUUUGAGAAGGAGUACCAUGUAGUGAAUGAAGAUGCUAAAUACUUAGAAGUCAUUCUUAAACGAAGAGGAUACCUGGGAGAAACCUCAUUUGUUAGUAUUGGCACAGUCGAUGGGACCGCAGAAAAGGACAAAGAUUUUAGAGGAAAGGCUCAAAAGCAAGUGCAGUUUAAUCCAGGACAAACAACAGCAAGUUGGAGGGUACGGAUUAUGACAGACGGACAAUAUGAACAAUCGGAAACGUUCCAAAUUGUUCUUUCAGAGCCUGUCAUGGCUGCCCUGGAGUACCCAGACGUGGCAACUGUAGAGAUUGUUGAUCCUGGAGACGAAUCCACCGUGUUUAUACCCAAGUCCAUUUAUAAAAUUGAAGAAGACAUUGGCGAACUGAUGAUUCCGGUCAGGAGAAGUGGAGAUGUGGAGCAGGAGUUGAUGGUUAUCUGUUAUACUCACCAAGGUACUGCUUCUGGAACUGUCCCAACAUCCGUUUUAUCCUAUUCUGAUUACAUAUCGAGGCCUGAGGAGCACAACAGCGUUUUGAGAUUUGAUAAAGGCGAGACGGAGAAAUUGUGCCGUGUGGUUAUUAUUGAUGAUUCGCUUUACGAGGAGGCAGAAUUCUUCAAUGUUUCUUUGAGUAUGCCGAUGGGUGGAAGGAUUGGUGCUGAGUUCCCUUCAACUCAGAUCGUUAUUUUACCAGACAAAGAUGACGAACCCGCAUUCUACUUUGGAGAACUGGAAUACCAUGUUGAUGAAAGUGCUGGAUUCAUUGAAGUGCGUGUUUGGAGAACUGGAACAGAUCUUUCAAAAACUGCCACCAUUACAGUUCGAUCACAGAAGACCGAACCCCUUUCAGCAAUAGCUGGUAUAGACUACGUUGGUAUAAGUCGGAACCUGGAUUUUGCCCCUGGUGUGAACAUGCAAACAUUCCGUGUAAUUAUCCUAGAUGAUUUGGGACAGCCAGUACUGGAGGGAAUAGAGAAGUUUGAACUAGUAUUACGAAUGCCAAUGAAUGCUGUACUCGGGGAGCCAAGCAAAGCCACCGUUUUUAUCAAUGACACCGUUUCAGACUUGCCAAAGGUACAGUUUAGAGAGCCAAUGUACAUGGGCAAUGAAAAUGAUGGACAGAUUUCUGCAAUGGUGUACAGGAGCGGAGACAUUAAUUACAAGUCUACUGUGCGCUGUUAUACAAGGCAGGGAUCUGCCCAAGUAAUGAUGGACUUUGAAGAACGUCCAAACACUGAUAAUUCAAUCAUCACAUUCCUUCCAGGACAGUCAGAGCGUCCAUGUGUUCUUGUGCUGGUGGAUGACUCCAUUCAUGAGGAGGAGGAAGAACUUCGGUUAGUUCUUGGUACCCCAAAAAGUGAGUCUCCAUUUGGAGCCUCCAUCGGCGAGAUGAAUGAAACCUUGAUCAAGAUCAAAGACGAUGCAGACAAAGCAAUAAUUAAAUUUGGAGACACCAAGUUCAGUGUGAGCGAGCCAAAAGAACUGGGACAGAUAGUCGUCGUAAAAAUUCCAGUUAUUCGUCUGGGAGACACAUCAAAGGUUUCAAUUGUGCGAGUGCACACAAAAGAUGGUUCUGCUAUUUCUGGUGAAGACUACAACCCCGUGUCAGAAGAAAUUGAAUUUAAGGAAGGUGAAACCAAGCAUGUUGUAGAGAUUGAAGUUCUUUAUGAUGGAGCACGGGAGAUGAGGGAAGCUUUCACCAUUCAUCUGAAACCCGAUGAGAAUAUGGUCGCCGAAAUACAGAUGACCAAAGCCAUUGUGUACAUUGAGGAAAUAAACAGCAUGGCUGAUGUUACAUUCCCCUCCGUCCCUCAAGUUGUCUCACUUUUGAUAUAUGAUGAUACUUCAAGACUUAAAGAUAAUCCCAAUCCUGUGGCUGGCUAUCCAGUUGUCUGUAUUACAGCAUGCAACCCGAAAUACUCUGACUAUGACAAAACAGGUUCCAUAUGUUCUAGUGAGAAUAUUAAUGACACCCUGACUCGUUAUCGCUGGCUGGUGAGUGCGCCCACCAGCCUGGAUGGAGUUACCAGUCCCUUAAGAGAGGUGGACUUUGACACAUUUUUCACCUCUUCCAAACUUAUUUCUUUGGAUUCCAUAUACUUUCAAGCUGGUUCUCGUGUGCAAUGUGCAGCUCGUGCAGUGAACUCUGAUGGAAGUGAAGGCCUGGAACUCACGAGUCCUAUAAUAACUAUUAGUAUAGAUGAAGGACUUUGCCACCCCAGAGUGCCUGGAGUUGUUGGUGCUGAACCAUUUUCUGCUAAAAUGCGCUACACUGGAUCAGAAGAUUCAGAUUAUCCAAACCUUAUUAAAGUGACCGUUACACUCCCUCACAUUGAUGGUAUGCUACCUGUGAUAUCUACAAGAGAAAUGUCUAACUUUGAACUUACUCUGAGCCCUGAUGGUACAAGAGCUGGAAACCACAAGUGUUCCAACCUUCUGGAUUACAAUGAAGUUAGAACUCGCUAUGGAUUCUUAACAAAUUCCACCAAGAAUCCAGAUUUAAUUGGGGAGACCUCUCCUUACCAAUAUAGUCCACAGAUCAGAGGAGUGAAUGCUCUACGUUUCUACAGGAACCUUAACUUGGAGGCCUGCUUGUGGGAAUUUACCAGCUACUAUGACAUGUCGGAGCUCUUGACUGAAUGUGGAGGAACAAUUGGUACAGAUGGACAGGUCCUGAAUCUCGUACAGUCCUACGUGACCUUGCGGGUACCGUUGUAUGUAUCUUAUGUAUUCCACUCUCCGGUGGGUGUUGGAGGAUGGCAGCACUUUGACCUACAUUCUGAGCUUCGUCUGACAUUUGUGUACGACACUGCCAUCUUGUGGAAAGAUGGAAUUGGCAGCCCUCCUGAAGCUGAACUGCAAGGAUCUCUGUAUCCAACCAGCAUGCGCAUUAAUGAUGAAGGGCGUCUGGUGGUUAAUUUUAAAACGGAAGCUCGAUUUAAUGGUCUGUUUGUUAUGUCACAUUCUGCCACAUUGAUGAGUUCAAUGAUCAUGUCAGUAGAUCAUCCAGGUCUUACAUUUACACUCAGCCUUGUGCGGAGUGAGCCAACCUUUAACCAGCCUAUUCAGCAGUGGAGCUUCGUCUCUGAUUUUGCUGUCAGAGACUACUCCGGAACAUACACUGUGAAGCUCAUUGCCUGCACUACUGCUCCAUAUCAGGAAUACAAUUUGCCACCUACCUGCAAUCCACGGGAGCCUAUAACCUUUGAUGUUGAUAUCCGAUUCCAACAGGUGAGUGAUCCAGUGGCCACGGAGUUCAGCUUGAAUACACUGAUGUUGCUUCUCUCAAAGAAAUCUUUGUGGUUGUCUGAUGGGUCCAUGGGAUUCGGACAGGAGAGCGACAUAGCAUUUUUAGAAGGUGAUGUAAUUUAUGGCCGCGUCAUGGUGGACCCCGUACAGAACUUGGGAAAUUCCUUUUACUGCAGUAUUGAGAAGGUGUUCCUGUGCACAGGCGCUGAUGGAUACGUUCCAAAAUACAGUCCAGUCAACAAUGAAUAUGGCUGCCUAGCUGAUUCAUCUUCUCUGUUGCAUCAGUUUAAGAUUUUGGAUAAAGCUCAGCCAGAGACUCAAGCUAUAAAAUUUGGAAGUGUGCAGUUUAAUGCUAGAUUGGCGGUGGAUGAUCCGGAAGCUUUACCAUUAGUCAAACAACCUGGUUCUGAUGGAUUUAAGGUUGACUCUUCACCUCUUUUUCAGGUUUCCUUGGGUCGAGAAUGGUAUAUUCAUGCAAUCUAUACAGUAAGAUCAAAGGCAAAUGCCAACAGAGGCAUUGGAAAAAGAAGUGUAGACACUCAAUACCAUUCAAUAAGUGUUGCUGCUUCUUCAGAACUUUCAACGAAUAAGCGGAGGAGGAGAGAUAUCAACGAAGCUCCUCCAGUCGCUGAAGAAAUUGGUAUUGAAAAUAAUCGAGGAACCAACAUUCAACAUAUUGCCUUGGAAUACAACAACAAAAAGCAGAACCUUCAAAAAGAGGUGAACAUUGAUGGAACAAUCCCAAGAGAGGUUAAUAACAAAGAAGACGAGGUCAGCAUUGUCACCAUUAUGGUGGUCAUUGCAGCAAUACUUCUUCUAGCAAUCUGUUUGAUUACAAUUGCUGUUUUACUUGUGAAGCAUAAGAAGUCCAAAAAGAAUGAAGAAGGAAGAGAGUCAGGGAGCAGUGAGCCCAUGAUGCCUCCUCGGGGAUAUAGUACAGACAGCUCAGAGGUUUGAUGAUCAUGGACUUAUGAUCAAGUCAAACAUGAGGGCCUCAAGAGACAAAGUGCAAAUAUCUUGCAGCAAACCCCAUUCUAUGCAGAAAAAAAGAACAUUGUUUUCUUUACACACAUUGCCUCUUUGUUAAUCUUGUGUUGAACACCUUGUACAUAUGUGAAGUGUUCCAACCAUCAGACGUACAAAUGGGGCUCUCACUCCAAAUCACCAAGUUUGUAUUAAAGCAAUCGUGACAACCUUAUAUCAUGCACUGCACAUGGAGAGGAGCUGAAUAGAAACUUUAUACGUGAAAUGUGCUCUUGUAUUUCUGUCUUUUUCUUUUUGUAUUAUUUAAAUUUUAAAAAAUGCAAUGGUGCUGUCUAACUCAUCUCUCAAACUCACAGAGAGAGAGAGAGGAUUUAUGUUUAGCAAUAUCGUGUUAACUUUGGAGGUUCAAUGAUGAAACUAUACAUUUCGAAAAAGUAAUUAUUUUCUGCUAAGGAACCUGAUGUUGGAAUGAAGAAUCAUAGGUAUGUUUUUUGUAUGGUUUUUUUUUUAGUAAAAUCGAUAACAAACAUAAAAAGUGUUUGCACAGAGAAAGAUAUCACUAGGCAUAUUUAGUCAAUGCCUGGGUUACAUUUACAUAUCCCGUGAAUAGAUAAAUACAUUAAAUUACAAUAAUUGUUCAUUGAUAAGUCUACGUCCAAGGGACUGCAAGGAUUCAUAUUUUGUCUAUACUCAAUGCGUUGCACACCUCUAAUUACUCAAAGCAUUUAGUGUAUUACCAGCAAUGAAUUAUAUCAUAUAUGGUUAUGAGCUAAACUAUACAUGUAAUUGUCUAAGUAAAAACUAUUUUCUGUAA